ACAGAUGAAAUAUAUUUUAUUAAUUUUUAAUUUUUAUGUGGUUUGCAGAUAACACACGCCCCUCUCCACCUUAUCUCUUUCCACUCCCUCUCCAAACAAUGUAGCAACUAUGCAAGAAACUCUCCACCUCUCCUCCUCCUCCUCCGCCGCCGCCGCCGCUACUCCCCUCCCCCUCAAUUCCCCUUCAAUCCCCCGCCCCAAACACCUCCAAUUUCCACCCCAUUCCUCCACCAAAGCCCCCAGCAUUCCCCUCCCUCCUCCGCCCAUUUCUCCGGCCGCAUCGGAAACUUCCCAAAUCCAAGAAAUCAUCCUCUACUUGGACUCCCUCGGCGUCGACUCCUUCUACUGCCUCCACACCCACCCGCCGCUAAUCUCCACCCCCGUCUCCCAAAUCAAAUCCACCGUCGACUUCCUCCUCUCCCUCGGCAUCACCGUCGCCGACCUCCGCCGCAUCUUCCCCAUGUGCCCGGAGCUCCUCACCUCCUCCUCCACCGCCGUCCGCGCCACCACCUUCCUCCUCCGCGAGGCCCGCGUGGGCGCCGCCGACCUCCGCUACGUCGUCCACCGCCGCCCCCGCCUCCUCGCCUGCAGCGUGGAGCGGCAGCUCCGCCCCGCUCUCUACUUCCUCCAGGGCACAAUCGGCAUCGAGGACGUCAGCAGAUUCACCUUCCUGCUAUCGUGCUCCGUCGAAUCGAAGUUUAUUCCCCGAAUCGAUUACCUGCAGAAAUUAGGGUUUCCGUACAGGGACGCGAUCCUGAUGUUCCGGCGCUUCCCGUCGCUCUUCUGCUACAGCAUCAAGGAGAAUUUCGAGCCCAAAUUCGACUAUUUUGUGGUGGAGAUGGGGAGGGAAUUGAAGGAAUUGGUGGCGUUUCCGCAUUACUUCUCGUUUAGCUUGGAGAAUCGGAUCAAGCCCAGGCACAGAGUGUGUGUGGAAAAGGGCGUGUGCUUGCCAUUGCCGACGAUGUUGAAGCUCUCGGAGGGGCGGUUUCGGGCGAAGCUGGAGGCGGGGCGGAGCUCCUCCGCGCCGGUGAGGAGUUCUCCGUUGUGGACGACGAGUAUAAAUGAUGAUGUGACAUAGAUGAAGGAAAUUAAUUUGGUGCUACUAUUUGUUUUUUGUUUGUGUUUUUGUAUGUAAAUUACAUUCUAUUCUUGAGAAUGAUUAUAAGGUUUAUUCAAUGGAUCAUUGCUAAGAAGAAUUCAUGGA